UAACAACAGUGAGCUUCAUUGGAACUUUGUGCUUAGUCACAGGUGAACAAGUCUUAUUUGUGACAGUCAUAGUACAACAAAUGUACUAUGUUGUAAGCACUAAGGUUUUUAUCUAAUUUUUUUAAUACUGCACCCUGACAAUGAAUGAAAGGAAAAAGGAAAACAUUUACAUUUAGUUUUACCUUCUGUAGGAAAUUUAGCUAAAACCCCAAAGGUGGUUACAGGUAACAACUAGUAUUUGCAUGUCUUUGUCUGACAGUUGCCAUUAAGUACGAUACAGAAACCAAGUCAACCUCAGGCCUACCUGGGCAGUACACAGGCAUCUGAUUUACUUAACGACAUUGAUAUUGUAUCGUAAAAGGGGAUAAGAAAGGAGAUCCCCUACUGUUGGUACAGUUUCAACAGGUGUUCAAACUGUUUGUACAGGUGUGGAUUUCCAAACCAAUGUAUCCCCGGAACACAACCCGGAAAAACAGGAGUGGGAUUGGCUGUAUUUAAAACGUACUAUAAUCCUAUUAAACGGCUGCUGUUCAGUUGGCGCGGUGAGACAAGGAGUGAAAACACUUGAGAGCUACAAUGAACUCUAUAGCUGGCCUUGUUGAGUGUAGAACAUAACAAUAAAGAGAAUAACACAACAGAAGGCUUGGAUAUCGAAGCGCUCCACAACAGACUCCUAAGAGGAAAAGUGAGAUAAAGACUCAGAAUCCGAAGGUUUUCCCCUAGUGUAAGUCGCUCGUGUCAUACAGUAAAAGAGGGAUGUUGAGACGCUUAGACACGGUAGAAAGUGUGAGCAACCAUACAGUUGCGUUUUCCUACGUCAACUACAUCAGAACUGUGUGUAAUGUCGAAACAAACAUCAUCGCAUACUUGUUUGAACGGUUACCCUGAGGGUCUUCUCUGACACGGGCCACACACAUUCACUCACGCACACACUCACAGGAUUGUGAAAACCAGCAAGACGAGUGAGAACAGGCCUCCGAGGGAAAAUAUUCAGACUACAGCAAGGUCAUGGAAAUCUACGCUUGAAAACACAUGGAGCCAGAGUUCAGUUUGUCACAGUCAAAUGUUCAUCAAAUGGAAUAAAUCAAUGAACGUACUAAAAGGCUGAUUCCACGGGCUCAAAAUGUCCUUGUCAGAAAUGUUCCGCACUGGCCUAGUUGUUUCAACGGUCCACUAUACUGUAAAUCUUCAGAUGGGGUCAGAUGGAAUCAGGCUAUUAAUCAGAAGGUUGCCGGUUCGAUUCCCGGCCGUGCAAAAUGACGUGUCCUUGGGCAAGGCACAUCACCCUACUUGCCUCGGGGGGGAAUGUCCCUGUACUUACUGUAAGUCACUCUGGAUAAGAGCGUCUGCUAAAUGACUAAAUGUAAAAUGCAAAUGUAAUGUACAUCUUCCACGAAGGCCUAACAGAUGGCCGAUAUAUUGUGUGAGCACGUUAACAAGAAGAGGAUAUGACCCAUGUACGAGCACACUCGACCCGUCUUUGAGAUGCAUCGAGGAGUUGCCAGGCUGUUAGGACACGGACUGGGAGGGGAGUUUACACACGUCUGUUGAUUCAAGGCGACGAGCGAUAGAGACGGUGGGGGCGGGGGGGCGUGACCGCGAGAUCAAAGCGUCUUCACGCGGGCGGAAACGUUGCCCUGUUGGGUCCUUCGCUUGUUCUGGUCCAGAACUAGGGAGGAUCUGGCAGGAGAUCAGAGAGGUGCAGAGGGGCUGGACUCUACAUGCGUUCUACAUCCACAGCUCUCCAGCUACUGACUCCUGUUCGGGAAAUCAGAGCAGUGGAAACAAGCAUCAGGCCCACCCGUCUUCUCCUAAUCACUCCAACCCACUGCCUGCCCCUCCCCCCCCAGGUGUGGCUGGGAGUGGAGCACAGGACCCAGAGCUAGACAUGGAGCUGAGGAACCAGACCGAAGGGCUGCCAGGCCAGCUCCUCCCCCCUCUGGCCAACUGCACCAUAGACACCAGCUACCGCUUCACCUUCUACCAGGUGUCCUACAGCGUCAUCUUCCUGCUGGGGCUGUCGACCAACUGCCUGGCCCUGCGCCGCCUGUGGCUCUCGCCCCGCACCCUCACCAGCACGGCCGUCUACAUGGCCAACCUGUCCACGGCCGACCUCUUCUUCGUGGUGUCCCUGCCUCUCAGGAUAUACUACUACCACCACAAGGCCCGCGACUUGGCGUCCGGAGCGGGGCCCAACGCGGUGCUGUCCCCCUGGACCCCCGGAGGGGUCUUCUGCCAGCUUACCUUCACCCUCAAGUACAUCAGCCUGUAUGGGGGGAUCUUCUUCCUGGUGUGCAUCGCCGCGGACCGCUACUUUGCCGUGGUGCACCCGCUGGUGUCGGCCCCCCGGAGGGUGUGCGCGGCGCGGCUGGUGAGCGCGGGGAUCUGGUGCCUGGUCCUGGGCCUGAGCGUGACCCUGCCCCUGCUGCGCUCGGCCGCCGCCCGCCGCCAGCAGCCGUGCAUGCUGGACCCGACCACCCAGCGCCAGCUGUCCUUCAUCCUGGCGGCGCUGGGCCUGGUGCAGGCCGCCUUCCUCCUCCCAGCGCUGCUGCUGCUCUUCGGCUACUGCAGCGUGCUGCGCGUGCUCCGCCAGCCUCGCCGCCGCGCCCAGCGGCGCGGGCGCCGCCGCACCCUCACCGUCAUCUACUGGGUGCUGGGCGUCUUCCUGCUCUGCUUCGCCCCCUACCACCUCAACCUGCUGGGCUACACCCUCACCCACGUGGGCCUGCUGCCCAGCUGCGGCCUGGCCCGGCUCACCAAAGCCGUGCACCCCGUUGCGCUGGCCCUGGCCAGCUCCAACUGCUGCCUCAACCCGCUCAUCUACUACUUCUCCAGCUGCCUGAUGCACAGGGAGCCCCUCAGCAACACGGGCACCUCCAGCCAGUGAGGCGCCCCCCCCAAAAAAACCCUGUCUUUUCAGAUCCCCUCGAUGGAAAAUUAUACUUUUUAAUCGUGUUGUAGAUUUGAUUUUUUUUGAUUUCGUGGUUUUAGUUUACAUUUGUAUGCCUCGAAAGGUGGCUGGCCAGUGCCAUGUGUCUUGUGUAUAUGUAUGGUGAGCUAGUAGUCACAAAUCUACUUCUAUUGUUCGGUAAUCAAUGACCCUGAUACGCCUCUGAAUCAAUCCACCUCCUCGAUAAAUGGGUGGAACCAGCUGACGUCAUGGACACACCUGGGACAAUCCACAUCGCCCCGGCGACAGUACGGUGUGUGUGGUUGGACGGCGACUCACCCCCCGCCAGGCGAUGGUCUCCAUGGUGAGGUGUUCGCAGCGCUCCAGGUGCUUGACGUUGUCCUUGCUCAGGGUGGGUUCCGCCUUGAUGAAGCUCUCGAUCACCUUGUAGAAGUCGAAGGCGGCCAGCCGGAAGACGUCCAGGAUCCAGGGGAAGCCCAGGUCCGUCUCGGCGGGGGCCCCGGCCCCCCCGCUGUAGCCCCCGUUCUUAAACGAGGUCCCUGGGGGAGGACGGGGGCGGUUCAUUUGGGGCGAGAGGGAACUGUGAUCCUCGUACGUGUAUCGGGUGUGUAUCUAUUCAUUUGAAGGUUUCUAUAAAAAUGUAUUGUUAUAAAAUUAUGAAUAUCAAACUGCCAAUAAAUCAUUCCUGGUCAUA